AUCUCCAGUAAAGUUAUAUUUAAGUUAUAUUUUUUAUGUAUUUUUGGCCAGUAAUUCUAACGUAUAUUGUUAAUAGCACUGUCGUCUCGAUCAUGCAUGAUCGUGGACGUACAUCAAACAAUUAAGGUUGUGGAAUCAGCAAGUUUCAGUUAGUCGAAAUUUUAGUACGUAUAGUUUUAUUUCAGUGGAUUAAUUGGCCCAUAAACAACCCAGAGUAGAACCAACGAAAUGCUACUCUUUCUCGUCUCUAGAAACUGGUCUCAUUCUCAUAACAAUGUGUGUGCUAUGUAACCGUGAUAACGGCAGAAUACAUACUUGGAAAAAUAUUACAACUACUUAUUGCAUCAGAAUCAUUUUUAAAGAAACAUCUUCAGCUUCGUCUUUUAAAAUUUAACACUGGGUUGCCAUCACCAUGUAGGCUACCUUAAGAGCAUUUAAAAAUGUUCUGAAAACCCAUAUUGGAAAUUACCACGAAUCGUUAGUUCAUGAACGCACUAUAACAUAGAACAUGGGUCUAUUUAUAACCUGAUUACUUUCAGUUCUUUUUUUAAUUUCUGUGUUAUCUGAAGCUGAAUCGCACCCACCAAUAGGGUACAUGCUGCCCACAUUUCUGUGCUUUACUUCGUGGCGAAAUCAUCUCUCGUAUCCCAAAAGUGGCGUCACAUUACUUUGAUUUCAUUAAAAAGGUCACACUGUUGCAUUUCACCCAUUUCCUGGCUUCCUGUUUCGUCAUCGCCAAAGGAGUUUACUCCCAAAUGCUUGAAGAGCUGAUCGCAAUAUGCAUGACCGCUGAGACGCUAUAUAAUAUAAGACGGGGAGCCGUAGGGAGACAAGGCAGGGGGUCGGGCGGAGAAGAGGGAACGUAUCGAUAGGACGAGGCAGGUCGGCACGGCCACUAAUCCCGACUCCGUGUCUGUUAACUAGUUCAGGGAAAAUCAUCUACCAUGUUUCAGAGCCUAGCCGAGCUUUGAAACACAUUUUGGUUAAAGUUACUAAAACAGGCCCUUUCCGUAUUUUAAUGAAAGUAAAGUACACCAUAGACAGAGCAACUUCGUCCCCGGUAAGGCUGAAAAGGCGGCGUUCGCGGAGUACCAUGCCGGACUAUGCCAAGAUGAAGAAACCCGACGUUAAGCUGGUGAUCCUCGGUGACAUGAAUGUUGGAAAGACCUCUCUGCUGCACAGGUACAUGGAGAGGAAGUUUAAGGACACCAUCAGUACCGUUGGAGGGGCGUUUUUCCUGAAGCAGUGGGGACGCUACAACAUCUCCAUCUGGGACACUGCAGGUCGGGAACAGUUCCACGGGUUGGGAUCCAUGUAUUGUCGAGGUGCGUCUGCCAUUCUCCUCACCUACGACGUCACCAGCUGGCAGAGCCUGGCCGAGCUGGAGGACCGCUUCCUGUCCCUGACCGACACCGCCAGCGACGACUGCAUCUUCGCCGUCGUGGGCAACAAGGCCGACCUCACCGACGCCAUGGCCGUCGAGCAGGAGGGGGAGCAGGAGGAGAGCUGUCCGGCCAGCGUGUGUCCCACCCCUCCAGCCUCCCCCAGCGCGCACAAGCAGGUGCACCGAGAGGACGCCAUGGCGCUCUACCGCCGCAUCCUCAGGUACAAGAUGCUGGACGAACGCACUAGCUUACCGGCCGAGAGCAUGUGCUUUGAGACCAGCGCCAAAACGGGCUACAACGUGGACCAGCUGUUUGAGACACUGUUCGACCUGGUGCUGCCUUCCAUAAUGAAGAAGAGGGACGAUGAGAAGAUCUCCACCGUCGACCUGGAACAGUCGGCGGACGUGGCCAAAGCCAAAAGCCAUUGCUGCUCCUGACCUCUCCUCCCAGCACAGACUAGCACACCUCUUAGUGCCCAGCGAAGACGUCAGCAGUGCCCCUAAUACAUUCCCCAUCGCUUGUGCUUUAACUGUGAUUUACCUUUUCCCCUCACGCAUGCAAUACACACCCAACAGCAGAGGGGACAAAGUACAUAAAAGCUGAUGGCGUCUCUGUUUGGAUUGUCAUUCCUGAAGACGCACGUGCGGUGAUCAUUUUGUGGGUUCUCUGCUCAUGGUUCCAUGAGCGAGUCAUGGAUAACGGAGGUGGCUUUGUUUUCCUCCUUCGUUCCAUUAAAUCACUGAAUGUAUGUGCUUUCACCAUGGUGUCUAACCAAAAUCACUAGCAGUUCUGUUUUUAGGAAUUUUAUUAGAGAAUCCCAACUGUGACAUCAACAGGCUUUUUUUUUUUAUUUUAUUUUUUAUUGGAUGCAUUUAAAUUGUACCUAAUCGCCCUAUAAAUGUGACUAUUUAAGAUGUAAAUUUUAAAACUUUCAUUGUAAAUUAAAGAACUAUAAUCUGGC